AUGAGCGACUCUGUUAGAGUCGCUGUUAUUGGCGCUGGUAUCAGUGGAGUGGCCACGGCUGGGCAUCUUCUGGCUGCUGGAAUUCAGGUGACGGUUUUUGAGAGAAACAAUGCAGCUGGUGGGAUUUGGGUUUAUGAUAAGCGUACUCCGAUUGAAGCCCAGUACCCAUCACCGAGACCGUCUGCUUCACAGGAAUACGUGAAGGAUGGGAGGGAAGACAAAGAAAGAAAGAUCUUGCUUCAUGCGCCUCCGGGUCUCACCAACAAUGUCUCGACUCCCUUACUACAGACAAAACUCAACGCAUGGCCAGAAGGGACUGCUCCUUUUGUGAAGCAUCAUGUCCUCAAGGAAUAUAUCCAGGAUACAUCGAGCAAGGCUGGCGUCGAUAAUAUAACCAAGUUUGGCGCCCGAGUCACCCGAGUUCAUAAGGAUGGGCCAACAUGGACAGUUCACUGGACCACUUUGAGUGAAGAUCAAGAUCCCAUUGAGAAUGAGGAGUUUGCAACGUUUGACUCGGUCAUUGUUGCCUCGGGUCAUUAUCAUACGCCUCUCAUCCCGGAUAUACGGGGUCUACCCGAAGCAAAAGCUCGAUGGCCCGAGAAGAUCUUCCAUUCAAAGUCUUUCCGAAGGUCAGAAGGAUUUGAAGGAAAGAAUGUACUAUUGCUCGGUGGAGGUGUUUCCUCUCUCGACAUAGCCAUUGAAAUCAGCGGAACCGCAGACCACGUGUAUCAAAGCACUCGAAAUGGUGUCUUUGAUCUCCCGGAGAGUGCGCUUCCAGAAAACGCCUCGAGAAUUGCCGAGGUCGAAGCAUUCGAACCUUCUACCCCAGCAUCCGCAAACGUCGAGCACUUGCCUUUGACCGUACAUCUCAAAUCCGGGGAGUCAUUGCACGAUAUAGAUACAAUUAUUCUUUGUACAGGAUACCAAAUGGCACUUCCAUUCCUCGAUGAAUACAACGACUACGGUUUGUCUGCCGCCGAGGCAAAUGACAGGGUGCUUGUCACAGAUGGCACCCAGGUCCAUAACUUGCAUCAAGACAUUUUCUACAUUCCAGAUCCCACGCUCGCAUUUGUGGGAAUUCCGUUUUACACCGCCACGUUCUCUUUAUUCGAGUUCCAAGCUAUCGCCGUGACAGCCUUCCUGUCUGGGGUUGCGCAGCUCCCAUCUACCACAAGUCUCCGGACGGAAUACGAGAGUCGUGUUAAAGAGAAGGGGCUUGGACGGAGCUUUCAUUCACUCAAGGACCGAGAGCAACCUUAUGUCGAGGAAUUGAUUCAAUGGGUCAAUACUGGAAGAGCUGAACGUGGUUUGUCUUUGAUUGAGGGUCAUACUGAGACGUGGAUUACAGAGAGAGCAGCUUUGAGUGAGAGACUUAAGUUGCUUCUAGCGGGGAAGCUUUCCCGGGCAGAUGUCCUCAAAAAUCCAUUGGAAGUGGGAAUCACUGCGUGA